AUGGCUUCCCGCUCAUCAAACAGAAGGCUCAAGAAUGUCACCAAGUAUGUGCCUAUUGUGGUAGGCUCCAUCGCUCUUUUCCAAGGUAAAAAGGCUCUAGAGACUUAAACUCACAAAUGGUCUUGCUAUGUCAGAGGUCUUAAUGAGGAAGAUUUGUCUUACUUUAUCAAAAAGGUACAAUUCCAACUGCAUCCUUCCUUCAAAGAAGAACAAUAUAAAACAAUUGAGAAAUUCCCCUUUGAAAUAUGCUAAACUGGCUGGGGAGAGUUUGAUAUUGGUAUUAAGAUCUUCUUUGUCGACCCAGCAGAAAAACCUGUGGAAUUAGUCCACUUUUUGAAGCUACAGCCUUAUGAUGGCUAGCAGUAGUCGACAAAGAAGCCUGUAAUCAGUGAGAAGUAUGAUGAGAUUGUAUUUUUUGAGCCCACUGAAAAUUUUGCAUACAUUCUUGAUAAAGGACACAAUAGAAUGCCAUAAGCACUCUAGUCUGAAGCUAGGGGUAUUGAAGAUGUUGAUAUGACUGAGAACAGGCAAAACUAAAACGAUGAAUCCUCCUUAAUGAAAGAUGUCGCAGGUGAGAAGCCUUUAGCAAUUGGUACAGCAGCACCUGCAGGUGAAACUGAGGAAUCGAAAAAUGCUACAGCAAUGAAAGAAAAGUAAGACGAGAAGAACAAACCACUUGAUAGGAGAUAAUUUCUCUAGUACCAGUAGUAGUUUCCUGCAGAUGAAAGAGACCUUGAGACAUUGUAAGAGGCAUUGGAUUUCAUCAAGACUAUGGUGUCUCAAGCCAGAGAGGAGUUAAUUGAUUAUGAGAAGACUGUGUAUAAGAAUAGAUAGCAGGCCAAGGAAAUGGAUUUUGAGUCUUAUCAGUAAAUUGACAUCAAAGUAUAAAUUUAUCUAUAGGCUAUGCUGAAUCAGCUGAAUCGUCUGUAGCCCUAAGCAGCUUCAAAUGCUUCUUUUGACUUUAUGGCAACUGAUACCAAUUAUUAGCAGUUUAGUGAGUAUGAUUUUGAUCCUGCUGACAGACCCGCAAUUUAUCCUCAUCCCUCUUAUGGGAAGUAUACAUUCCCUGCCUAAGAAAUCUAUCAAAAGGAUUGGGAAUAUGCCUGUCCUAAGUUUUUAGCUGAGUAGCAAAACAGACAAGGGAAUCCCUUAUUUGCUAUUAAAUGGAUGCAAGGAGGCAAGAGAAUAUUAACUGGCACAUCUAAGGGAGAUAUAAUAACUUGGUAUGUCCCUAACUUUGAGUAUGAGAAGGCAACUUCAGUUCACAAGGAUAGAGUAUAGUGCAUGUGCUGGUCUAACAAUGAAAGGUUCUUGAUUAGUGGAGAUAAGAUAGGCAAUAUAGUCUACUGCGACAGUAUUCUAAAUCAAAGAAACAUGUUCUCAGCCUAUAACUAGGCAUGUGUGAGAGACAUCUCAUUUUCAGUAAGCUCAAUGAAGUUUCUAUCCUGCUCAGACGAUAGAACUGCCAGACUAUUUGAUUUUGUAACAAGUUAAGAAGAGAUAUGCUUUGAAGGUCAUGGUUCCGAUGUGAAGACCUGUGAUUGGCAUCCUUUUUAGUCGCUGGUAGUCACUGGUAGCAAAGAUAACUAUGUUAAAAUUUGGGAUCCCAAAUCAGGGAAGGAAGUCUAGAGUCUGUAAUGCCAUAAUAACACAAUUAACUAGGUGAGAUGGAACCCAAUAAAUGGAAACUGGCUAUUGACUGGCUCGAGAGAUUUAUCUUUGAAAGUAUAUGAUAUUAGAACAAUGAAGGAGUUCAAUGUAUUUUAGAGGCACUCUGAUUAAGUGACUGUGAUAGCCUGGCAUCCCUUCAAGGAGGAAUUAUUUGCUAGUGCCUCACAUAAUGGAGAGAUUAUUUAUUGGUAAGCUAACUCUGGCCAUCUGCAUACUAUAAGCAAAGCUCAUACAGCAAUGGUGUGGGGCAUGGCUUGGCAUCCUUAGGGUCAUAUGCUGGCGUCAACAAGUAACGAUCACAAAAUCAGACUAUGGGGAAGAAAUAAGCCAAAUGAGGAUAUUCCAAAGAUGCCACCUAAUAUUUCUUGA